CACAGUGUCAAAAAGUUCAGUUUUGUAACUAAAACUAUUGGACAAAUUCAGGGAGCUCCCGCCCCGUUUAGUUCAGUUUGCUUCCGUUUAAGAAACGAUUUGCAACAUAAUAUGAGGAAUGAAUACACCCCUGCACAAGAAGGAACUGCAAAGUGAGUGUCACGAGCUGCUGGCAAAACAACACGAUCAAUGACUUGAUAGCCUUGCCUGAAUGUUCUUAGAAAUAUCGUCAACCAAAUAUAUAAAGGGUCUGUCCUUUGAAAAAAGGCUGGCUUGAUUAUCUGCCAGCCAGCUCAUGGGCACUCAAUGGUCCCGAAGCGAAAGCGACAGCAGUCUUCUGCUCGUCCCGGAGGUUGGGACAGGGUGGCAGACGGGGGAUGAUGAUGAUGACUCGCUGGAUGGACUGGACAGACAGGAGGACAUUGCUCGGUUCCCUUAUGUAGAGUUUACUGGCAGGGACAGUAUUACCUGUCCAACAUGCCAAGGCACUGGCCACAUCCCCUCAGAGCAGGUCAAUGAGCUUGUGGCUCUGGUUCCCUACAACGACCAGAGACUUCGGCCCCAGAGAACGAAGCUGUAUGUGGUCCUCUCUGCGGUGCUAUGUCUCCUGGCUUCCUCGCUGGUGGUCUUCUUCCUCUUUCCUCGCUCUGUCAUGGUGGAGGAUGAUGGUAUACGCUCUGUCACCGUGCAGUUUGAUCACGUCAACACUAAAGUCCUCAUAAAUAUGACAAGCUCCUUGAACUUCACCAACUCAAACUUCUUCACAGUGAUGGUGGAUAGUCUAAGCUGCCAGGUUCUCUAUAUGAAAACAGUCAUAGGCACCAUGCAGCUAGAUAACGUCAUCACCAUCCAGCCCCUGAGCCAGACACAGGUGAACUUCACAGUCAGCGUUCAGAUCAGUGGAAGCACCUCCUAUGUUUAUGCCUUCUGCACCAUGGCUAGCAUCAAGGUUCAUAAUAUCUUGGUUAUCAUGCAGACAUCUGUGAAAACCUCCUACAUGAUGCGCACGGCCCAGAAUACCCUGGAAGCCUAUCGCUACAUUGACUGUGGUUCAAACUCCACGGUUCACCAGCCCCCACGCCGACUGUGGCAGUAACCCUCCCUCCCUCACCACUAAAAUCACCACCAGCCAGUGGUGAGGCCAAGAGUCCAGCAGCAAGGGACAGAGGGACCAAGAUGCUGGGAGCCAGGCAACAUGAACCAGGGAAUAUUUCCAAUCAUUUCAGUCCAAGCAUUUGUUUUGACUUCAGGAUCAUUAAGUUUGAUCACUUGCCUUCAUAAAUGCAACAAACACCAGCUCUUCAGUAAAUUAUAUUUAGCUGUUGUGCAUGUUGCUGAAAUUCAAGGCAUGACUAAUUUACAUCCUGUUGAAGCUGCAACAAUCUUGACUUUAGGAGGGAAUUAGUUAUCCUUUUGCUUGAGCACAGUUACCGGUGUUACUACUGAAUUAUGACCACGUAUCCUGCUGUGCUAGUCCUUGAGCGUUCGCUUACAUUUUUAAGUGUCCUUUGGUGUGGGUCCUAUGAUUUCAGGGACUUGGCACAGUAGGAAUGUAUAAAGUGACCGAUAUUUUAUUGCGCAAGAAGGGAGAUUUGCUUUCUGCUAUUUAUAUCUGGGACAGGACUAGUCGAGGGAUGUGCCUAAGACAAUUUGUUUGCACCUCAAAAAUGGUACAUAGGGCUAUUGUUUGUAUCUCUGAUUUUCUGCUUUUUAAUAAGGGAUGGUUAUUGUCAGCAGGUACUAUCAUAAGUUAAUACACUCCGUUUGGGUGUUGCCCACUGAUUUACUAAGCAUUUAUACUAGUACAAGAUUAAACAUAAGAGUAGUAAUAUAUGAUUCGAAAGUCCAUAAAAAGGCAUGUUUGUUUUUUUUCUUUGGGAUCGAACAUUUUACUGCCCUUAAUUAUGGUGGGGGGGGGGA